CUACAUUACAGAACUGCAUUGUCUUGAAAAUGCAACGAAUAUAUAAUGUGAGUGUUUUGUUUAGAUACCUUCAUCUUUGCAUUCUUCUUCCCUUAGCUCUACAAUCAUGGAGCUUCCCAACAUUUUUUCUAGCUUUACCUUAAUGGCAUCCUUUCUCUUCCUCUUCCUACUAUUCAAAAUAGUUAAAACAUGGACUACUUCUAAAUAUUCUAACCCCAACUCACCACCUGGACCAUGGAGACUACCCUUCAUAGGAAACAUACAUCAGAUUAUCAGCAGCCCAAUGCCUCAUCAUUCCUUUAAAACUUUGGCACAAAAGUAUGGACCUAUGAUGUACCUAAAACUUGGUGAGGUACCAUACAUAAUAGUUACUUCACCAGAAAUAGCCAAAGAGGUUAUGAAAACACAAGACCUCAACUUUUGUGAUAGGCCAAACCUUAUGUUGUCCACAAUAUUUAGUUACAAUAAUACUGAUAUUUUAUUCUCUAUAUACGGAGAGCACUGGAGGCAACUACGGAAGAUAUGCGUUAUAGAGCUAUUGAGUGUAAAGCGUGUCCAGUCAUUUGGGUCCAUAAGAGAAGAAGAGGUGGCAGAUCUUGUUAAAUCAAUAUCUGCAAAUGAAGGAUUGGUUGUUAAUCUCACUCAUCAGAUCUUCUCAAUGACAUAUGGGAUAGUUGCGCGCGCAGCAUUUGGGAAAAGGAGCAAACACCAACAAGUAUUCAAAUCAGCCAUUACUGAAAUAAUAAAUAUGGUAGGAGGAAUUUAUAUUGCAGAUUUGUAUCCUUCUAUUAAAAUGCUUCGAAGAAUGAGUAAGGCGAAGACCAGAAUUGAAAAACUUCAUAGAAAGAUUGAUAUGAUAUUGCAAGACAUCAUCAACGAUCACAAAAGCAUUCACAAGAAAGAUGGCAAAGAUGAAGAUCUAGUUGACGCUCUUAUCAAGAUUCAACAGGAAAAUGAUCAAUCACAGCCUACAUUGACUGACGACAAUAUGAAAUCACUCAUCCAGGACAUGUUUGCUGCUGGUACCGAAACAACAUCAGGGGUUUUGUUAUGGGGGAUGUCUGAGUUAGUAAAGAAUCCAAAAGUAAUGGAAAAAGUACAAGGUGAAGUAAGAAAAGUGUUUGACAAGAAAGGGAGUGUAGUAGAUGAGUCAGGGUUGCACCAAUUAAUAUACUUAAAGUGUGUCAUCAAAGAAACACUAAGGUUGCAUCCUAUUGCACCAUUGUUAGCUCCAAGAGAGUGUAGAGAGAGAUGUCAAAUCAAUGGCUAUGAGAUUCCAGCUAAGACAAGGGUCAUAGUCAAUGCAUGGGCAAUUGGAAGAGAUCCAAGGAAUUGGGUUGAAGCUGAGAGUUUUAAACCGGAGAGAUUUCUCAAUAACCCAAUUGAUUUCAAAGGCACAGACUAUGAAUACAUACCAUUUGGUGCCGGAAGGAGGAUGUGUCCAGGAAUAGCAUUUGCCUCACCUAACGUUGAAUUACCGUUUGCUAAAUUACUUUACCACUUUGAUUGGAAGCUUCCCAAUGAAAUGAAAAAUAAAGAAAUUGAUAUGACUGAGACAUUUGGAUUAACUGUUGGAAGAAAACAUGAUUUGUGCUUAAUUCCUAUUACUCGUUGUCUUUAAUUUUUUAUUUGUUUAUUUUAAUAAUAGCAUUUGGAAAAUGAUUGUAAUAAAGAGAGAAGAUGAUUGUAUUAGGAAUUAAUCUUUUCAACUUGGUUUA